UCAGAGAGUCAGAGGGAGAAGGAGGAGGUGGUGGAUGGUGAGGAAGAGGAGCAGAGGAGGCGCGCCACAGAGGGAGUGCUGGACAUCACACUGCUCUGCAUGAAGCAGUUGAAACAGGAGGAGCUGGCCGACACAUUUAGAGGAAAGUUAUUUUUCCAACAUAAAAUCAAAUCUUAUCUGAAGGAGAAGACCCAGUGUAUGUUUGAGGGAAUCGCUAAAGCAGGAGAGUCAAGACCUCUGAAUGAAAUCUACACAGAGAUCUACAUCACAGAGAGAGGCAGUGGAGAGGUCAACAAGGAACAUGAGGUCAGACUGAUUGAAACAGCUUCCAGGAAACCAGCAAAGGAGGAAAUACCACUUAAAUGUCAAGACAUCUUUAAACCGAUAUCUGGAAAAGAUAAACCAAUUAGGACAAUAAUGACAACUGGAGUGGCCGGCAUUGGUAAAACCGUCUUAUCAAACAAGUUCACUCUGGACUGGGCUGAAGGCAAAACCAACCACGACAUAGAUUUCACAUUUCCCUUCACUUUCAGAGAGCUGAAUUUACUGAAAGAUAAAAAGUUUAGCUUGGUGGAACUUCUUCAUCACUUCUUUAUUGAAACCAAAGCAGCAGGAAUCUGCAGAUACGAUCGGUUCAAAGUUGUCUUCAUCUUGGAUGGUCUGGAUGAGUGUCGACUUCCUCUGGACUUCCAGAACAACCAGAACUGGACUGAUGUCACAAAGUCCACCUCGGUUGACGUGCUGCUGACAAACCUCAUCAUGGGCAACCUGCUUCCCUUCGCUCGCAUCUGGAUAACAACACGCCCUGCAGCAGCCAAUCAGAUCCCUGUUGAGUGUGUUAACAUGGUGACAGAGGUGAGAGGGUUCACCGACCCACAGAAGGAGGAGUACUUCAGGAAGAGAUUCAGAGACGAGAAGCUGGCCAGAAAAAUCAUAUCCCAUGUCAAGACAUCACGAAGCCUCUACAUCAUGUGUCACAUCCCACUCUUCUGUUGGAUCACUGCUACAGUUCUGGAGGACUUCUUCCAAACAUCCAAGAGAGGAGAAGAGGUUCCCAAGACUAUGACUCAGAUGUACAUCCUCUUCCUGAGGGUCCAGUCCAUACAGGGGGGCAAGAAAUAUCAGAGGAGAGUUGAAACAGAUUCACACUGGAGUUCAGACAGCAGGAAGAUCAUCGUUUCUCUGGGAAAACUGGCUUUUGACCAGCUUAAGAAAGGCCACCUGAUCUUCUACGAGGCCGACCUGGCAGAGUGUGGCAUCAAUAUCAGAGCAGCCUCAGAGUACUCAGGAGUGUUUACCCAGAUCUUUAAAGAGGAGUGUGGGCUUUACCAGGACAGGGUGUUCUGCUUUGUCCAUCUGAGCAUCCAGGAGUUUCUGGCAGCCAUUUAUGUCUUCCGGUCCUUCAUCAAAGAUGGUGUCAAUCAGCUCUCAGAAGAAAUGCAUACCCCCAGGGAAGAUGGGGGUAUGCUCCUCCUGUACCAGAGUGCUGUGGACAAGGCCUUACAGAGUGAGAACGGACACCUUGACUUGUUCCUCCGCUUCCUCCUGGGCCUCUCUCUUGAGACCAAUCAGAAUCUCCUACAAGGUCUACUGGGACAGACAGGAAGCAGCUCACAGACCAAUCAGUAUACAGUUUCUUACAUCAAGAUGAAGAUAAGUCGAGAUCUUGCUCCAGAGAGAAGCAUCAAUCUGUUCCACUGUCUGAAUGAGCUGAACGACCGUUCUCUAGUGGAGGAGAUCCAACAGUCCCUGACAUCAGGAAGUCUCUCCAGCGAAUCUCUUUCCCCUGCUCAGUUGUCAGCUGUGGUCUUCAUCUUACUGACAUCAGAAGAGGAGCUGGACAUGUUUGACCUGAAGAAAUACUCUGCUUCAGAGGAGGGUUUUCUGAGGCUGCUGCCAGUCGUCAAAGCCUCCAAAACAUCUCUGCUGAAUGGCUGUCAUCUGUCAGAGAGACACUGUGAAGCUCUGGCCUCAGUUCUCAGCUCCAACUCCUCUAGUCUGAGAGAGCUCGACCUGAGUACCAAUGAUCUGCAGGAUUCAGGAGUGAAUCUGCUCUCUGCUGGACUGAGGAGUCCACACUGUACACUGGAAACUCUCAGGCUGAAUGGCUGUAAUCUGUCAGUGAGAUGCUGUGAGGCUCUGGCCUCAGUUCUCAGCUCCAACUCCUCUAGCCUGAGAGAGCUGGACCUGAGUAACAAUGAUCUGCAGGAUUCAGGAGUGAAGCUGCUCUCUGCUGGACUGAGGAGUCUACACUGUACACUGGAAACUCUCAGGUUGUCUGGCUGCCUGGUCACACAGGAAGGCUGUGCUUCUCUGGCCUCAGCUCUGAGCUCCAACCCCUCCCAUCUGAGGAGGCUGGACCUGAGCUACAAUCAUCCAGGGGACUCAGGAGCUAGGCUGCUCUCUGCUCUGCUGGAGAAUCCACACUGGAGCCUGGAUACUCUCAGUGUGGAGCACGGUGGAGAGAGGAGGAUAAAACCAGCUCUAAAGAAGUAUGCCUUUGAACUCACACUGAACCCAUACACAGCCCACAGACAACUCUCUCUGUCUGAGAACAACAGAAAGGUGACGCAGGUUGAAGAGAAGCAGUCAUAUUCAAAUCAUGCAGAGAGAUUUGAUUCCUAUUACCAGGUGUUGGGUAGAGAGGGAAUGACUGGCCGCUGUUACUGGGAGGUAGAGUGGGAAGGAGAUGUUUCUAUAGGAGUGACAUACAGAGGAAUCCCAAGGAGAGGAGAGGGUCUUGACAGCUUGCUUGGAGGGAACAACAAGUCCUGGGUUCUUAGUUGUAAUGAUCAAGGUUACACUGCGUGGCACAAUGAUAAAGGGAAAGACUUAGAUCUUCCCCCCCUAUGGUCUAACAUAGUAGGAGUGUAUCUGGACCGGCCUGCUGGCACUCUGUCCUUCUACAGAGUGUCCCCAGGUGAAGGAGGGUCCUCAGACACACUGACACACAUCCACACCUUCCAGUCCACCUUCACCCAGGAGGACCUCCUCCCUGGGUUCAUAUUCUGGACUCGGGGUUCCUUAGGGUCUCUGUGUCAGUUGUAGCCACAAACACACACACACACACACACACACACACACACACACACACACACACACACACACACACACACACACACACACACACACACACACACACACACACACAC